GCCCCAAAAGAGUAUUUCUAAAAUUCUUGAUUUAUUAAAUUCAGUAAUCAGUUUUCAGUCUUGAAGUUUCAGUAUUCCGUCUUAAUCAAUUUUCAAAUUUCAAUUUGAGUUUUCGAUUUCCCUUGUUCACUGUCUUGUUUCUAAGUUGUUUCUUUUCUGAUAUCGAAUUUUUAUAGUUUUCACCUGUGAAAAUUUUAAAUUACUUUUUAGAUUUCAUGAAUCUUGCAAUAUCUACUUUUAACCGAUUGCUAACUAGUGGUGGCAUUGUGUGAAGUUCUUGUGCAGACGUUGAAAAAGUGCUUUUGACUAUCGGUAAUAUAUUUAAUACAUAUCAUAGUAAAAAUGUCUGGAGUGCGCGUUGGUCGUGUGCCUAAGCGUAAGAGAGGAGACCGUGCUAAAGCCCGGUCAGUAUUGAGAAUGAUGGCAAUAAUGCAAGACAGAAAUAGCGAGGAGGUACCGCGUGAGUUCCUCGAGACAGGUCGCACGGGGCGGCGCAACGCGAUGCCAGAUAUCUUACACCCACAGGGCGCGGAAGUUACCACCGCCGACCUGCCUUCUAGGCUGCAGAAUCUCGUUACUAUAACUGAUCCUGUUCAAGCUGGUCCUUCGAAGCCGGACUUAGAGCCAACGAAGUCCGACGAAGCUUCAGCAAAAAAUGACUGUAGUUGAGCUGACUCUUUAAUGGGUCCCUGACCGCACUGGACUUGCCCAAAGCUUGUAAUCUCAUCAUUAACAUAGUAUUACUAGCAAUGAUAGACCUUUAUGACGUAGGGUAGAUUCUAACGAAUUUUUAUUUGUAUGACGUCCGUACACGAAAGCUAAUCAAAUUUAGUAGCUGCUAUAAUGUUGCAGCCUAUUUAUACUGCUAAGGUCAGCUUUAUAUUUAAGUACCUUUUACAUUUGGGUGGCUUUUGAGUAUUUGGGCAUAAGGCUUACACAAUUUUGUACAUAUUAGUCUAGCCUGGUUAUCUUAGGCUAAUUUAAUAUGAUACAUGUAGCAUAUAAUAAUUCAUAUAAUAACUUUUGUUUAGGUUUAGUCUUCUAGGCGCAUAUCUGGGAUUUAAGAUCUGUCAAAUUUGACAGAUCUUGAAAACUAGAUUAAUGUUAGCUUUACGUUAGGUGUAUUAUUUGUGUGAUACAUAAAUUACUUAAUUAAUAUAUUUAUUGAGGUCACAUAAUAUUUAGAACUUAAUUUAUUGAUUUAUAUUUAAAUUAAAUAUUACAAUAAUAUAGUCAGUAGUUAGUUUAUUUAAUGCAAUGUGUUUGGUUGUGUGUGUUUCUGUAGAUGUUAGCGACUUUUAAUAAAGUUUAAUAAUUUGUGAUAUUCAGUGCGUUAUAUGUUCCUAAACUACUUAAAUAGCGCAGUAAAACUAAUUUUGGAAAUAAAUAUUUGGAUAGUGGUGGAAAGGCUCGUAUACAGAACGUAGAAAGCCGUACAAACAUUGUUGGCUCUAUUGCCAUAA